UUAAAUUAUCAUUAUUUAAGUGCUGCCAAGUUAAAUGAAUAAAUUGCUAUAGAUAGCAGCUAACAGCUUUAGUACACAUUGAAGAACGAAAUCUCUUCAAGACAACAAAGCAGUCAAUAAUUUUUCAUAAAUAAAAUAAAACGAUUUUAUUGUAAAAAUAUUUAGUAAAUAUGGCGAAAAAUCAUGACGUACUACGCAAACAGGCGCGUCAGCUGGAAAAUGAAAUUGACAUGAAAUUGGUGGCUUUUGGAAAAAUUGGAGCAAAUGGCAGUUCUCCGAUCGGUCAUAGUUCAAGUACCGAUACAUCUCCAUUAUUGGGAGAAUCGAUGUUCGAUUCCUUGUCGACAGAAAUAGAACAAAAGCUGGACAAGCUAGCAUCUAUUAAUGAAGCUAUGGCUGAAUCUUCGUCAGCAGGUACAAGCACAGCAGGCAUGCAUAUUCUUCAGCGUCAUCGUGAAAUUUUGUUAAGCUACAGGCAAGAGUUUAAUAAAAUUAGCGUUAAUCACACCGCACGAAUAGAGCGCGAGGAAUUAUUUCGUGGUCCGGAGAAUAUAUCCAAAAUUUCGGGAUUAAAUCGCCGAGAUAUGUAUAUGAAAGAGAGCAAUCAUUUAAAUAGUUCGAACGCGCUGAUUAACGAUCAGAUAAAUAUAGCUAUUGAAACCCGAGAAAAUUUACUUUCACAACGGCAUGCCUUCAAACGUCUUCAGACUCGUUUCAAUGAUAUAUCUAAUAGAUUUCCGUUAAUAUCCAGUUUAAUUCAACGGAUUAAUAUUAAAAAGAAACGUGAUGCUUUAAUUGUGGGAGCAGUUAUUGGACUUUGCGUGGUCCUUUUGUUAUUGUAUGCAUUUAAUUAACGGCUUCUUCGAUGAAAAAAGGUCAGUUAUUACCUGUCCAGAACGAAUGCAUAGCCAAACAAGUACUAGUGUUUUCGUGGCAGAAGAGCGUAGGUUGUUUGCGGGUAUGAGGGUACACGUAAAAUACCGACAAGACGAAAUAAAAUUUUGUAAAUAUAUAUAUAUAUAUAUUUGAUAUCCAAUUUAAUUUAU